AUGGCUGCGGAAAAGAAGAAGGGAAAGCCCCAGAAGGGUCCUCAGGGCAAAAAGCCCUUCAACGAGGCGGCCCUUGCCCAGCUGACCUCGUCAAUCGACCAGAAACUCAACGGCAAGGCGGCAGCAGGCAGCGACCAUAAGCGAAAGAACCCGCCAAGCAGCAAUGAGACGGGAGGCGAGAUCCGCAAAAGGCAGCGCAACUCAAGCACGGGACCAGCCAAAGCAAGCCCCAAAGGCAAGAAUGGCGCGCGAUCAGGUGGCAUGAGUGAUGAGAAGAAGGCUUUGCUCGAUGAGAUCCUGGCGCUGGGUGGCGAUGAGGAGGACCUCAAACUCAUCGAAGACAUCGACUCGUCGGACGAUGAGUACGUCAAGGACACGAGGAAGCCCGUGGACAAGAAGCUCAAGGAUGAGCUGGCAGCCUUGUCCAAAGAGCUUGGCUUCGCUGAGUAUGCGCCCAGUGAAGCAAGUGAGCCUGAAGUUGAGGAUGAGGCGGUGGAUGACGAUGGCGAGGAGGACGAGGACAGCCAGGUCUCGGCCGAGGAAGAUGGCGCAGACGACGAGGAUGUUGUUCAGGCACCACGGAAACCUGAAGAUAUGAUCCUUCAACCAAGGGCAGACUGGCACAUUAUCAGAUUGCCCAAACUACCAAAGCCCGUGACAGAGCAAGUCGGACCUUUCACUCCCGCUAUGGAAGCCCUCAAACGCCAUGCUGAGACCCUGCUCGAGAGUGAUGCCGCCAAGUACCGCAGCAGCAAGCACGCUUCUUCCUCGCACAAAUUCUUGUCGACCAUCAUGUCAUCGGGUACCCUGAACGAUAAAGUCUCUGCCUUGACUCUGGCGAUUCAAGAAUCGCCACUGCACAACAUUAAGGCCUUUGACGCCCUGAUGAGUCUCGCCUCCAAAAAGAGCAGGGCGCAGGCCAUUGGCGCGAUAGGAGCCAUCGUCGAUCUGUGCGGUCCCGGCUCUUUGCUACCCUCGGAACGACGCUUGAGGACGUUUAUGACACAGCCCGGCCUCAUCGGGACGCUGCAGAAGACUUCGACAAAGUCGUGGAGCCCCGAGAAACCACUGCCUGGACAACUGACCCCCAUGCACCUCGUCAGCUGGGCCUUUGAGGACUGGCUGAAGGCUACCUACUUCAAGGUUCUGCAGCUCCUCGAGGUGUGGUGCUCGGAUGAGAUUGAGUACUCCCGCUCUCGCGCACUGGACUUUGUCUACGGUCUCCUCAAGGACAAGCCCGAACAGGAGUCGAAUUUGCUGAGACUGUUGGUAAACAAGCUGGGUGACCGUGAUCGUAAGAUCGCAUCGCGAGCCUCCUACCUUGUGCUGCAAAUGCAAAUCUCCCAUCCUGGCAUGAAGCAAAUCAUCAUCCAGAUGAUCCACCAGGAGAUUCUUCUUCAUCCCUCGCAGGACCACCGCUCCAAAUACUACGCCAUCAACACGCUCAACCAGACCAUCCUCAGCAACAGGGAAUCGCAAAUUGCCGAGUCGCUGAUGGGCAUCUACUUUGAGCUGUUUGUGACUCUUCUGAAGGGUGGCAGCCUAGGGGCUGCCCUGCAGGUCGAUUACAACAAACCCGAGAAUGGAAAGCCAGCCAAGCCAACAAAGCCUGGUGCCAAAGGAAAGGCUGGGGAGCCGACCGAGCAGGACAUUGACGCAGCCGACAAGCUCGUGUCAGCCAUCCUGACCGGUGUCAACCGCGCCGCACCGUUCGUCGGCACCAACGACACUAUCAUGGAGGCGCACAUGGACACAUUGUUUAAGAUUGCACAUUCCGCCAACUUCAACACCGGCAUCCAAGCCCUCCUCCUGAUCCAGCACCUUUCCACUGCCAGGAGUCUGGGAACCGACCGCUUCUACCGAACGCUGUACGAGUCCCUCCUCGACCCUCGCCUGAUCACCUCCUCGAAGCAAUCGCUGUACCUCAAUCUCCUCCUACGCGCGUUGAAGAACGACGUGGACGUGAGACGUGUCAAGGCCUUUGCGAAGCGCAUGUUGCAGAUGACGCAUCUGCACCAGCCAGCCUUCGUGUGUGGUCUGCUCUACGUUGUAGCACACCUGCAAGGGACGUUCCCCGAUCUCAAGACGCUCAUCAACGAACCUGAAGAGUCUAUCUUUGACGACGACUCGGAGAACAGGCCCGUGUACGAUGGGCGGAAACGAGAUCCCGAGUACAGCAACGCUCAGAGGAGCUGUCUCUGGGAACUGAUACCCGUGCUGGCCCACUACCAUCCCUCCGUGUCAGCCUAUGCCACAUCAGCGCUGGAGCAGAACGCCAAGGCGACCAAGCCUGAUCUGGACAGCCACUCGCUUAUCCGCUUCCUAGACAAGUUUGUCUACAAGCAGCCCAAGGCCACCGACAGUGCGCGCGGUGUGUCGAUCAUGCAGCCCCUCAAGGCCACCAAGGACCUCGGCGACAUCUGGCUCGGCAGCCGCGCUGCCGGUGCGGCGCCCACGUCCGUCAACUCGGCCACAUUCAAGGACAAGAAGUCAGAGGACGUGGCGGCCGAGGACGUCUUCUUCCACAAGUACUUCCAGCAGGCUGGCAAGGAGGGCAAGAAGCCCGCCAAGAAGACGGCCGGUGCUGGCGCCGACGACGAGGAGGGCGCCGAGGAUGAGAUCUGGAAGGCCCUUGUGGCUGCCCAGCCUGACAUUGAAGGGGACGACGACUCUGAGGGCUUCGACGACUUGGACGACGAUGAGAUGGCCUCGGAUGACGAGGACGAUGAUGAGGAAGGCGCGUUUGACCUGGACGAUGAUGACAUGGAGGUCGACACCGACAGCGAGGGCGGCGUUGACAUUGAAGGCACGGACGACGAAGCAGAGGAGGCUGAAGACUCGGAUGGUCUCGUGGCCGUGGAGGAAGACCCAGACAAGGCGGCAAGGGACGAGGCCAAGGAGAAGCGCAAGAACCGUCGCAAGGAGCUCAAGGGCCUGCCGACAUUUGCCUCGGUGGACGACUACGCCGAGCUGCUGGGCCAGGAGCCCGACGAAGACUUCACAUAG